GGUUUGGCUAUUACGUUUCUUUUUGUUUUUAUUUUUAAUAAACGAUGGGCAAUCCAGAUGAAUGGCUAGAAAAGGUCCGGGAGUGUGAAUACUUGCCAGAACAAGAUAUUAAGAAAUUAUGUGAAAUGGUGAAAGAAAUAUUAUUAGAGGAAUCAAACAUACAACCAGUGCGUUCACCUGUUACUGUCUGUGGAGACAUUCAUGGUCAAUUUUAUGAUUUAUUAGAACUAUUCAAAGUAGGAGGAGACGUAAAGGACACGAAUUAUAUUUUCAUGGGAGAUUAUGUCGAUCGUGGAUAUUUCAGUCUGGAGACGUUUACACUUUUAUUAGUUUUGAAAGCAAAAUAUCCUGACAAGAUAACUUUAUUAAGAGGAAAUCAUGAAAGUAGACAAAUCACCCAAGUUUAUGGAUUUUAUGAUGAAUGUCAGACGAAAUACGGAAAUGCGAAUGUAUGGAAAUAUUGUUGUUCAGUAUUUGAUUAUCUAACAUUGGCAGCUAUUAUUGAUGGAUCGAUACUAUGUGUUCAUGGUGGCUUAUCUCCUGAUAUAAAGACAUUGGAUCAAAUGAGAACCAUUCAUCGUUUACAAGAAAUACCUCAUGAAGGAUCAUUCUGUGAUUUGAUGUGGUCUGAUCCUGAAGAUAUUGAUAUGUGGGCUGUGAGCCCAAGAGGAGCAGGAUGGUUAUUUGGCGCUAAAGUAACGAGUGAGUUUAAUCAUAUCAACGGAUUAACAUUAAUCGCAAGAGCACAUCAAUUGGUUCAAGAAGGAUAUAAAUACAUGUUUCCAAAGGAUGAAUUAGUCACUGUAUGGUCAGCACCUAAUUACUGUUAUCGAUGUGGUAAUGUAGCGUCUAUUAUGGAAGUGAGUGAUCAAGGCACGAAAUUUAAGAUAUUCGAUGCAGUGCCUGACCAAGAUCGCUUUAUCCCUCUACGAAAUGGUGGCCAAUACUUUGUAUAA